AUGCACGAUCGAUUACUUAGCACUCUAUUAACUAGAAUAGGAGAUGUCUUAGAAAGAAAGGACGGCCAAAGUAGUACAUGUAUUGAAGAACGUCUGGCUUCAGUUGGUGAAGAUAGUAUUGUUGCGGGUAUUGUAAAUCUCUUUAAAAAGUCAGAAAUAGAUAGUGCAGUCGAGUAUUUCCGACGCUUUCGAGAUCCAGUGGCUUUGCUAGAGGGUGGGACCUUCUCUUCCUUUUUACUACCGGAAGAGUACUGGCCUAAACAAGUGAAGGUCAAAGAUAGUUUAGUUCGAGGUUUAGAGUAUAAGCAGGAGUACAGUUUAGUCGGACAUUUAGCUAAAGUACUUUGUAUUAUGUUUGAUCGUAGUGAAACAGUUCUUUUUACUGGUGGGGAAGAUGGUUUGAUUAAGAUGGUUGAUGUGUUUUCUGGUCGGAUAAUUAAGUCGUUUAGAGGACAUGUAUCUCCUAUCUUUGAUUUUGUAAUUAGUUAUGAUAAUUCUAUUUUGGUAUCUUGUGAUCAGCAAGGGAAUGUUUUGUUUUGGGAUAUCUUAUUUAGUUCUGAUCCUUUAGUUAAAGUAGCUCUUAAUGAACAGAUAGAUUAUGUUGAGUUUAUCUAUGCGACGAAUGAACCGGUGCCUUUGGAGCAAAAACGGAUGAAAGGUAAAGUUGGGAAGAUGGAUAAGUAUCGAGUCUUAGUAGUAACUAAUAGUGGUAGAGUCUUACGUAUUUCUUUGGGUAGUGAUCGGAAGUACCAAAUAGAAACUUUGUUAUCUGAGAUUGAAGAGGGUAGUUUUAAUGGUGCUUGUUCUUCUAAAGGCAAACGAGUUACAGCUUUAGUAGGACUUUGGCCUUUUGCCUUCUUAUUUGAUCCAGAAGAUGUAGAUGGCCGGUUUUAUAUGUUGGAAACGGAUGAUUUACUUACAUCAGCUGUAGAUAUUUCUUACUCUUCUUUGAAAAUAGCAGCUAGUACUUACUCUCCUCAUUUGUUUUACUGGCGGUAUCAGCCUAAUGCUAAAUCGGGUAAAUCUAAUCUACCUACUCGGAAGACUUUUAAAGGGCGAGAUUUAGAAGGGGCUUGGAUUAAGGAGACUUUAAAGAUUGAAGGUAUGUCCCCAUCUAUUUUCAUUACUGAUAUGACCUUUUUAGCUAACGAUUCAAUUAUUGCUUCGGUUGAUAAUGAGUCAAAUAUCAGAAUUAUUGAUAUUCGUGAUACGUCAAAAGUAAUUAUGAUUGAGAAAGACUUUAAGAUUUGUUCUUUAACUCCCCAUCCUAUUCACUCUCUCUUCCUUUCUUUAGAGAUUAAUGGAGUAGUUAAGUUGAUUUCGGAACAAGGUGAAAUUAUCCAAAGAAUUGUCACUGGUAUAUCUGUGGCCGGUGGUCUUUUGCUUAAUAGUACGGGAACGGCCUUUUUCUUGACUGAUUUAGAUGGGGCUGUUUAUAAGUACUCACUUUGGCCUGAAGUUCUUUCGGUUCCUAAAUCGGAGUUCUUCUGGGAGGACUUUGUCUUCCUCAGGGAUAGAGAGCCUUUAGAAGGACAAGAAAGACUACAACAAGAUACAGCAGCCCGUCUAGAAGGUAUUUUAGCCGUUUGCCAGAAGAAUACGAAAGUACCCCAUCGACCAGGUCUCUCCUAUACUUUACAAGGCGAAUUCUUAACACCUAGUUCUUUAUCAGUUGACUUAUCAAGAUAUGUGCAAACUAUUGAUCCUGGGACUCGUUCUUAUGAAGCAGCUGCUAUCUUGCAACUUCAAACGAACAUGAUUACUAACAAAGUCUUUGAAACGGACUAUAAGGUCAUGCAACCACCUACCCAAAGUAUUACUAUCCCCGAAACAGAUGAUGAGUCCAAUACAACUAUUGAUAUCUCAGAUAGUACUGCUAAUUCAGAUGAUACACCAGAAAGUGUUAUUUACUCGACUGAUGAUAGUCUUUCCGAUGAGAAUGAAGCUGUAUCUUCAGCUGAUUCAGAUUCUAACUCUAUCUCAGCAGUUUCAAAUCCUUCUCUAGGUUCUUCUGAUCAUUCAAGCGGUACAAACCUUUCUGAGCAUUCUUUAGAUGAAGAUGAAGAGGAUAAUACUGCAUCAACUAGUUCUGGAUCUAACCAAUCUUUCUAUUCCGAUUCAGAUAUAGAAGAGUCUUAUGAUUCUAAAGAGUGCUAUGAUUCAGCCGAAGAAAAUGAUGAGAGUUACGAUUCUAAUACUUCACCGGCCAAUUCAUCCAGUCGGUAUAGAACCCGAGCCAGAAGACCACGUCAUCCCCAACGUAAAGCCCAAAAAGUAGCUAUUCAUCCCGAGAUCAACUUUUCCGAAUGGAUUCUAAUGAACACCCCUAAAUUCCCACUUCUACCCCAACCACAAGACCGACUUAUUCUUAUUCCUUCCCGACUACCACCUCUUAAAGGUCUUCCUAAAACCCCACUUGCUUUUACUGAACCUAUUACUGUCCAAACCGUAGUAGUUGACUUUACUGAACUAAUCAUUACUGCUAAACUAGAAAACCACCAAAGACAUGUUAUUACUAUUCAUUAUACACCCACCCAUACUUCUAAUGAUCCUUUUAUUAUUCAGCAGUACUAUCUUGAUGUUCAAAAGAAACGAUUUGCCAAAGGUCAAACUCUCUACUUCUUCCACCAAGGUCUACUAAGCAAAGGUACUUUCUCAGCCUAUGCUAAACCCCAUCCAACACAGCCCAGAUCUCUCAUUGUCUCUACAGGCAAUACUAACCAAACCAUCUAUCCAUUUGAUCUUCAGUACAGCUAUACCGACUAUACCUUCAAUUCUACCGCCCACCUCAAAGCCAUCAAGACUUUCCGAACCGAUGAGUAUGACCUGUUCUUCACUACUGUUUCCAAAAAGCAGUACCCCGACUACUACAACAUCAUUUCCUAUCCCCUUUCACUGAACCUCAUCUGCAAAAGACUAGCCCAUCACUACUACCGCACACCCACCGCCCUAACCACAGAUAUUCAAGCUAUCCUUACCAACUGCCAACUCUAUAAUGAAGAAUCUUCCACCAUCGUCCAACUCUGCCAGACUCUCGUCACUUCCAUCCUCAGCCAACUACCACCCACUUAA